UCAAUUUUACCAUUUCCGGUUCUACCACCGACGAAACACGAGCGGAGAAGUACACGGGUCGUGCCACAGAAAUAAGUAAUUUGUGAAAAAUGUCGCUAAUCUCCGCUCGUUUGGCCUCUUCUGUGGCCAGGCGCCUCCCAAAUGCUGCGACUCAGGUAUCGAAGGUCGCGGGCCCCGCUAUGGCGGUGGCUUCCCGCAAGCUGCACGUCUCGACGACGCAGAGGGCUGCCGAAAUCUCCACCAUCCUGGAGGAGAGAAUCCUCGGUGCUGCACCAAAGGCCGAUUUGGAAGAGACUGGCCGUGUGUUGAGCAUUGGUGACGGUAUCGCCCGUGUGUAUGGUCUGAAGAACAUCCAGGCUGAGGAGAUGGUGGAAUUCUCCUCUGGUCUCAAGGGUAUGGCCCUCAACUUGGAGCCCGACAAUGUGGGUGUGGUAGUAUUCGGUAACGACAAGCUGAUCAAGGAAGGCGACAUUGUCAAACGUACCGGUGCCAUCGUGGACGUGCCCGUCGGUGACCAGCUGUUGGGCCGUGUGGUGGACGCUCUGGGUAACGCUAUCGACGGCAAGGGACCCCUGGACACCAAGCAGCGCAUGCGAGUCGGUAUCAAGGCCCCCGGUAUUAUCCCUCGUGUGUCUGUGCGCGAGCCCAUGCAGACUGGUAUCAAGGCUGUAGACUCUUUGGUACCCAUCGGUCGUGGUCAGCGUGAGUUGAUCAUUGGUGACCGUCAGACCGGCAAGACCGCUCUGGCUAUCGACACCAUCAUCAACCAGCAGCGCUUCAACAAGGGCUCCGAUGAGAAGAAGAAGCUGUACUGCAUCUACGUCGCCAUCGGACAGAAGAGGUCCACCGUCGCCCAGAUCGUGAAGAGAUUGACUGAUGCUGGUGCCAUCGGCUACACCAUCAUCGUGUCUGCCACGGCGUCCGACGCGGCGCCCCUGCAGUACCUGGCCCCGUACUCGGGCUGCGCCAUGGGAGAGUACUUCCGCGACAACGGCAAGCACGCCCUCAUCAUCUACGACGAUCUGUCCAAGCAGGCUGUGGCUUACCGUCAGAUGUCGCUGCUGCUGCGUCGUCCCCCGGGUCGUGAGGCCUACCCCGGCGAUGUGUUCUACCUCCACUCCCGUCUGCUCGAGCGUGCCGCCAAGAUGUCCGACAAGAUGGGCGGCGGCUCCCUGACUGCCCUGCCCGUGAUCGAGACCCAGGCCGGCGACGUGUCUGCUUACAUUCCCACCAACGUGAUCUCCAUCACCGACGGUCAGAUCUUCUUGGAGACCGAGCUGUUCUACAAGGGUAUCCGGCCCGCCAUCAACGUAGGUCUGUCCGUAUCGCGUGUCGGAUCCGCUGCCCAGACCAAGGCCAUGAAGCAGGUGGCUGGUUCCAUGAAGCUGGAGUUGGCCCAGUACCGUGAGGUGGCUGCGUUCGCGCAGUUCGGCUCCGACUUGGACGCCGCCACACAGCAGCUGCUCAACCGCGGCAUGCGUCUCACCGAGCUGCUGAAGCAGGGACAGUAUGUGCCCAUGGCCAUUGAAGAGCAGGUCGCCAUCAUCUACUGCGGUGUCCGCGGCCACUUGGACAAGCUGGACCCCAGCAAGAUCACCGCCUUCGAGAAGGAAUUCACCCAGCACAUCAAGACGAGCCAGCAGGGGCUCCUCGCCAACAUCGCUAAAGACGGCCAGAUCACCCCCGAGUCCGACGCCGCCCUCAAGAAGAUCGUCACCGAUUUCCUCGCCACCUUCUCCCAGUCUGGCUAAGCCCUCUAGUGUAUAAACGAGCAGUCUGCCGCGAUUCUGUACUCUCAGCGGAAACGUCGAAUCAAGCGAUUUAAAUUUACAUCCUUUAGAGGAGCUAUACACUUGGUUGACGCUUUUUCCUUCCCGGGUAAAUCAUUUAAAAUUAGUUCUGAUAGUACAGUUUCGUGCCAGUGUAUGAAAUAUUUAAGCGGUCGCUAGCAGAAGCGGAUGUGCGGCUGCCUGUCGCUUCUGUUAGCGGCCAAUUUGUAGUGUAACAUUCGUAUGGACUGUAUUGAAUGUGGAUACAAUCAUGGAAUGUAUUUAUCUCGUACGGAAGAAGUGGUUAUAAAUAAACAUCAUACAUAUUUA